UCAGGGUGGGCGCAAAGGACAGAGCACUGGAAAAGAACAUCUAUAGUUUAUCCUCAAUGGCAUACGUUGAGAGCAGAAAUAUAUAUAGAAAGUAAUCAUUUGGCUUUAAGGAAAAUCAAUGGUACAGAAAAGUACUAUGUCCAGGACGCCUUCUACUUCGACCCAGGAGAUCCAAAUGGACAUUUUUGAUAAUCCUACUUCACAGGGCAAGUACGCCAAGCGGAAGAGCCGCUUCAAACGCUCCGACGGCAGCACCUCCUCCGACACCACCUCCAACAGCUUCGUCCGGCAGGGCUCUGCGGACUCCUACACCAGCCGGCCGUCUGACUCGGACGUGUCCCUGGAGGAAGACCACGAGGCGCUGAGGAAGGAGGCGGACAGACAGGCCCUCGCCACGCUCGAGAAAGCCAAGACCAAGCCAGUGGCCUUCGCUGUGAGGACUAACGUGGGCUACAACUCCGGCCCCAACGAUGAUGUCCCAGUGCAGGGCAUGGCCAUCUCCUUCGAGGCCAAAGACUUCCUGCACAUCAAAGAGAAGUACAAUAAUGACUGGUGGAUUGGGCGUCUGGUGAAGGAGGGCUGUGAGGUGGGCUUCAUCCCCAGCCCGGUGAAGCUGGAGAACACCCGUCUGCAGCAGGAGCAGAAGAUGAGACAGAGCCGGCUCAGCUCCAGCAAAUCAGGAGGAAACUCCAGCUCCAGUCUGGGGGACGUUGCCACGGGAACACGCAGACCCACUCCGCCUGGCACAGCUCCUGUGGAGAUGUCCACAGUGGCUUUUGACCUUGACCCCCUCGACCUGGAGGCGGAGGAGGUCGCCGAGACCCUGGCCGACCCCCAUUCCCCCAGGGCCGGCGCGGACAGCGCAGGCAGCGUCACGUCCCCGCAGGCUAACGCCCACCGCCUCCCUUUCUUUAAGAAGAUGGAGCAUGUUCCCCCCUACGACGUGGUGCCUUCCAUGCGACCCAUCAUCCUAGUGGGGCCUUCACUCAAGGGCUAUGAGGUCACAGACAUGAUGCAGAAGGCACUCUUCGAUUUUCUCAAACACAAAUUUGAGGGCAGGAUAUCCAUCACACGGGUGACGGCAGACAUCUCCCUGGCCAAGCGCUCCGUCCUCAAUAACCCCAGCAAGCACACCAUCAUCGAGCGCUCCAGCACCCGCUCCAGCCUGGCUGAGGUGCAGAGCGAGAUCGAGCGCAUCUUUGAGCUGGCGCGCACCCUCCAGCUGGUGGCCCUGGACGCCGACACCAUCAACCACCCGUCCCAGCUGACCAAAACCUCGCUGGCCCCCAUCAUCGUCUACAUCAAGAUAGCCUCUCCCAAGGUUCUCCAGAGGCUCAUCAAGUCUCGGGGCAAGUCCCAGGCCAAGCACCUCAAUGUCCAGAUGGUGGCUGCCGAUAAGCUGGCCCAGUGCCCCCCGGAGCUCUUUGACAUCAUACUGGAUGAGAACCAGCUGGAGGAUGCCUGUGAGCACCUGGCUGACUACCUGGAGGCGUACUGGAAAGCCACCCACCCGCCCAGCUGCAAUCCCCCUAACCCCCUGCUCAACCGUACUAUGGCGACCGCCGCCCUGGCCGCCUCCCCAGAGCCCGUCUCCAACCUCCAGGGGCCGUAUUUGGUGCACGGGGAGCAGAAGCGGGACGGUCCUCUGUCCGAGCGCACCGGGCUCCAAGACUACCAGAGCGACCUGGAUGGGAAGCACCAGCUACAGCAGCAGCAGCAGGUGUACCUGCGCUCGUCACGGGGCGGGUCCCGAGGGGGGCGAGGCCUCUCCCGGCAGGACACCUUCGACUCGGAGACGCAGGGCAGCAGGGACUCGGCCUACACGGAGGCCGGUGACUCCUGCAUGGACAUCGAGACCGACCCCUACGAGGAGCCCGAGCCCUACCGCGGCGGGGGCAGCCGCCUGCACCUGAGCCAGCCCCACGGGCGUCAGGCGUCCUGGGAGGACGAGGGAGCGGAGCCGGACCAGGAGAACCUUAACCGUGCCCCAAUGCAAGAGCAGCACGGCCGGACCAGGCAGAGGGAGAGGUACUGCCCAGACCCCGGAGACACUAGCUCCACGCUGGGCCGCAACAAGAACCAGGAGGACUGGGGGAACGUCUACAUCCGCUAAAGGCGCCAUGGGCUGAGAGGCGAACUGACAGACAAGGAAUGUGUGUUUGUUUGUGUGUGUGUAUGAGUUGGUGAAGUUUAGCUCAUGGUGAAAGUGUGGCUUAAAGAAAAAAAAAAAGAUUUCAACAGUUUCACAAUUAGACUAAAAUGUUAUGUCAGUAUCCAUUCUUUUAUAAACACACUGAAUACUGCCAGACACCAAUGCUAUUAAGAUUUUGUGGAUUGGUAUAGUCAAUUUUAGAGACAUCUGAAAGCAUUGAGUCACAAGUCUUUUAGAGCUACUUGACUAUUUUCCUUGGCUCAAAGGCCCAUGGCAGGUAGUCACUUUCGCAGCAUUAGCACCUAAACUGUUGCAAUUCCUGCUUUAUUAGCAUUGGUACCUGUAUUGGUACGUAGUGUAAUGUAUUGUUGCAAUUCCUAAUUUUUUUUUGCAUUAGCACCUACCGUCGCUGUCGCCCUCUGUGGUAGUUUCGAAAUGGGUUGCAGGUGUAGGGAGAGGGGGAUGUGUCUCUGGUCUAUCCUAGCUUUUAACAGGGUCACGUGUCCUGUGCACAGCACAGAAUUCAUCCAGCACCUAUAGGUCCCUCCCGUGAACUCCUGCAGCCUCAACUCCCUUAAAGUUAGUCUUAGUUAGUGAAUGCAUUUUUAUCUUAAACCUCAAAGUUGUUUGCUCCUUUGACCUGUCAACCAGUUGAAUAGCUUAUAUAGCAGGUGCUGCCCUGGUUGGUUGUCACUGGUACCUGCCUGUGCCCGUCCAUCCUUGCCUUCUCCCCUGCUUGGAGAGUGACCCACGAGUGCCAAAGGCUCAGCUUGCCUGCAUGGUGCUGCACUAGGGGGAGCCACAGCCUCUGAUCUCCACCAGUCCAGAGUUAUGAAAUAUCCAGAUCCUUCUGACGCCAGCGUUGCUGCAAAUGUCUUAACCGCCAGGCACACGCAGGCCCCCUUUGUCCCCCAAGCCUGAGUAUUUUCAACCUCUCGCACAUGCCGCAUUUGCACCCGCCCUGGAGUCUUUGGCGAGCCUGCCGGGGUGGACGUUCCGGCCGGAUCCCAGCAGCCCUCGCUCACCUGCCUCCGUGCCUGCCGUGUAUUCUGAGUGUCAGGCCCCUCCGAUGACUCCCAGCUCUGCCGUUCUUUACCAGCUCUGUGACUCCCUCGGCCCUUUAAUUCAGUGUGGAGCUGGAAAGAAACAAAAACAUGACACCCCUGACCUUUUUGUUUUCUUUUAUCAACAGUAAAUACGUGAUGUUUUCAGUUGACAGCCCGCUCAUAGGUUACCUUUUGAGCCCAGUCUACUUCUGUCAGUGCCUGACUGUACAGGGGUUUAUUUACGUCUUUCGGUUUUGUUUUAAACUUGCAACUAAUUUAUUUUGUCUUCUAAUGAAAUGUUUAGCUCCAGCUCCAGCCCCAUUAAGGGCAACAAGAACUUUUUUUUUUUUUUGAAUAGGCUGAAAAAUGUCUUUAUGUGGUUUGAGAAGCAGAACAGGAAGUGUGUUCUGCGCCGCCCAGCUUGGAGAACGCGGGAGGGAUUCUACUCUUUGUGCCAACUUUCCAACGAUGGUGAUACAGGUGCCAACUUAACAGUGCCUCCGUGCCACACAGGGUAACCCAGCCGACGCACAGGGAGCAGAUUUUCAACUCCCACAGCCAGAUUAUCCCACCAACCCAGAGCCAGAUAAAAAACAACCAGUGACUGCUUUCAAAAAGGUAGUGCUCAAACAGAUUUCAUCACAGGGAUAUGAUUAAAAUGAACUUCAUGUUGACUCGGAGAUAACAUAGAUAAAUCUUGACUGAUUCUAUCUGUAUGCAUGUCUCUGAAAUGUAAUUAAUUGGUAUUAUGACUAUGUCAGGUCAUGGUACCUACAGUCCCUGGAAUCUCCAGAUACAUUGCCUUUGGUUUGCGGUGAGCUGGAGAUGUUUUUCUGAACAGCUUCAGUCCAAGAGGAAAUCUGCCUUAUGUACUCCCUCAGAAUGCAAAUGUAAGCCGUCUGUUGUGUGAGUCUGGACACCAUUCGCAAGUAAGAAAAACAUGAAUGUCCACUCCAGCAAUCAAGGGUUUUAUACUUAAAGCUUACGUGGUUGUAAUGUAUAAGACAUUAUUUCCGAGGAGCUUCCUUACUGGUAAAUUCAACAAAAAGCACCUCGAAAAACUGGUUCUUAAAUUGUAUUAAGAUUCACGCUGACAAAAAAUAUGUGCUAAACGUGGACAGUACAUAUAUGUACAGAAACUAAUGGGGACUAGGGAUUAAUAAUGGCACUAAUGGGAACUCAUGGCAGUGUGAUUCCUCCUUCAUAUGUGCUGCUAAUGUGAUCUCCAUUUGUAUGAAUGUGUGCUGCUGCAGAUAUCUGUGAGUGGCGGUGUGGGAUUGUAUAAGCUGUGUGUGGGUGUGCAGUUAGCAGCCAUGAGAGAUGGGGAGGGGAGCGACCCUCUGUAUGAGAGUGAAUUCCAGCUGCCACUCUGAAGGGUUUUAAAAAACCAUGGUAAAGCUGUAAAGAAAAGUACUGGUACUUUAACAUGAAAAUGAGCUUUUAGCUAAUGGUAAUGCAUCAGAUUUAUAUUGCUGAAAUUUCUGUUAAAAACAUUUACAGUGUCCCUAAAAAAUGAACGAAAUAAAUAUGAAGGUAAGGAUAACAACCUAAAAAGACGUGUCUGUGGUUGAAGAUUCCAGGGUCUGUAGGAUGUGAAGAUGUAUAUCCCUGUACUGUGGUGAGGUUUUGAGAGCUUUGCACCCACCCUCGUUGAGGUUGCCCGUCACAAACUCGGGUGCAGACUCCUCCCUCUGUCUCCAUGGCAACUGCCAUAUAGGCCCUCCCAUUUUGGAGUACAUUGUGUUGGGUAAGUGCAGGCUCUCUCAGCCCCAUCCUUCGAUUUGUCUCAGCUCCCAAGACCUGCAUGCAUAGGUGCAGUGUCAGGCCUCAUCAUUUUGAAUAAGUCCGACACUUUAUCUUUGAUUCAAGGAAUCAAAUUGAUUUUUGAUAUCCAAAUGAUUUUAUUUUAAGAUUUUUAGAGUGAAGUUCUUGCUUUUUCUUCAUGAAUAUUUCAACACUAAUCAGUAACAUGGUGGUGUAUAGAAAAAAGUCUCGGCUUUUGAUGGCCCUGUGUGUUUUGUAUUGUGUCUUAACUGUUUUAAUGUGCGCAUAGCCAGAUGUUGCUUUUCUUAAGCCUAGUACUGUACACAGUCAGUUGAAUAAGUGCCUGUAUUUGUGGUGGUGAGUUAAAGAUAGAGGCUAUGGUCAUUGUUUACUUCUCUUUAAUGCAGACACUCUCCCGCUGACAGACAUUUUCACCCCUAAAUGUGCGCCACCUUUAAUUUGGCAGAUUUCAUUCUUUGGUGAUACCAUAGUGGAACACAGUGCAGGAUUAGGGGAAAAUGGGAUGAUUUCAUGUUUUGGUGGUCCAACUUGAAGUCUUAAGGCAUAAGUUUAAUUUAACUUGUUUAAUUUGCGAAGGGUACAUCACACAACUGUCCGCAAGAUGUAUUCACAAGCUAUUCACUAGACUAGGGUGUACAGACCUGUGAAUGCCUGACCUGUUUUAGGCAUUUCCCUGGGUCCAUAUGGUUCAGGGGUACUGCACAUGCAUGCAGAUGUAGGCUAGGCUCUUACCAGCCAAUUCAUUAUCCUUGUAAGUAGUUAUAUCUGUAUGCAUGCGCACUAGACCUGACCCCUUUCUGGCAGUUCCCUGUGUUUAUACGAUUCAGGCGCACAUGCAUACAGAUGUAAUUACUUAUUGGCCGAUUCGAUGUCCGCCAUCGCCACUCUCAGGCUCGCCUGCCUCAGUGUCACCCCCAACUGGAGGGGAGCCAUCAGUCGCUUGGCCUGCUCCUUGUCUUUCUGUCUCUGCGCACUUAUCAGAAGGCUGCGCCGGCCCCAGCGGUCUCUCACAGUCCGUGCCAACAUCACGACAGCCCCACACCACCACUGGCACGUGUUCUGCUGUGCCAACUCCUCUCACGCAUCAUCUGCGAAUUUCUCUUUAAACGUGGCUAUACUCAUCUCGAGCAGUGUCUCUUCUGAAAGUACCUGGUUUUUAAUGAUGUUUCAAAGCACUGUCAUCGAGGAGUUCGAUGAGCGAUGGCCAAGGUGUCUGCAGAUUUAAAAGAGGUUCUUAGUGGUAUAAGAAGUGUUUUUCUGAAGUAAGGCAAGAACAUUUUUGAUAUGACACACAGAAAGCAGGCGCUUGAGUUAAAUGGAAAGAUUGCUUUGUUCUAUUCAUAAAAACCUUUUCCUCACUUGUCAGCCAUGAUUGGCCUUAAGUGAUUGUAUUGCUCUGGUUGCAAAAUUUACAUUUUCUUAUGUACUACUGAUCUGAAAUAAUGUACAGGAGUAGAUGUAUUUCACUUUUUUGUAAGUAAAAAAAUAUUGUGCCUGAUUGAAAUCAAAUGGUUUUCAAAGCUGUACUGGCACCACAUUAUUAUUUAUGUAUCUUUUCUUAUGUCACUCAAUUUUUAAAGCAAAUGUGAACAGUUGCCUGGCCACAUAUAGCAUAUGACAUGCCAUGAUUAUUAUUAUCAUUAUUAUUAUUAUUAUAAUUAAUGCUAGUUCUGUGGACUUGAGGAUUUUUUUACUUUAUUUUUCAUUGGGGCUACAGCAAACAGCUACCUUGUGGUUUACAGCUCAGCCUGCCUUGCGCCCUGUCCUUUUUCUUAAACCAUUGAGGUUCUUCUUUGCUUGUGCCAGUUUUGUCUGCCUGCUGCUGUAACUUUGCACACUGGAGAAAAGACGUGCUUCAGCUGAUGCUGAGAGGCUGGGGAGACCUCAGACCAGUCCCGCAGGCCUACACACAUACUGGAGACAUCUCUCACACUGACCUCAGAUCAGUCCUACCGCCUGUCUCUCACAGCCCUCCUCAUGUUAGGCAGGGCUGCUCUGUCCUGCGGCCUUCACAUCCAGUUACUGCCCACUUGCAGCUAAUACACUGAACACAGUUAUUUAUCUUUUGCCCACCAAAUGUAAUGGUAAGCUACCAGGACAAAGAUUGUCUUCUCUUUCCUGUGAGACCUUUUUAAGUUAAUUUACCCAUGCAACAUGCAUCAUACUUUGCCGUUUGCUCAUCUCAAUUUAUCCUUUCUAGAAUGAUGUCAUUCUUAAUAUUUUGAACUCUUAUUUAUCUUGAGCAAUUAUUUAUUUUUUCCAGGGCACUCUGGAUUUCAUUUGAGAGCAUGUACUCCUUUUGCGGUCUCAUUUGGCAGAGACAGAACUGCUCUGAGGUCUCUCCCCAGCCGCUUACCAAAUGCUCGGGGACAAGAUUUUACUAGAAAUAAAGUCUGUUUUACAUCCUGUGACUUUAUUACUGCUGGUGUAAACUACUGAGUCACAUAUAUAAAUAUGAAUAUAUAUAAAUACAAAAAUAUGGUUUUAUUUAAAUUGAAAAUAUAAAUGAUUGCUUUUAUGAUGCUAUUCGGUUUUCUUUGGGAAUGUUAGAAAAAGCUUCAGUGUUUGUACAAUAUUCCUAAUUUAUUGAAAUGGUAACUGUAUAAAACAUGGUAAUAGAUAUUUUCUGAUUGUAUAAAAAAGUAGCAUGUUUUCAGUCUGUCUCUUGCAGGGAAGUUCAGGAACAAAUCCAACUAUUUAUGAUAAUGUUUUUUAAGACAUAUAUAUAGAGAGAUCGAGAGAGAGAGAGAGAGAGAUCAGCGUGACCACUCUAACCCUGUUUGAAAAAAUGUUGAUCAAAAAUUAUUGUGUCCUUUUAUUAAAAAUGUGACGUUUGAGUAAACUU